CGCUUUUAAAAAUUCAAAAUAUAACAUACAAAGAAAUUUUUUAAUUUUUAUUAUAUGGUUACUAUGGUUUUUAAUUUAUUUUAAUAGUUUAAAAUUAAACAAAUAUAAUAUAAGACACCCUUAUUUUUAUCAAACCUUUAUUAUUCAAAAUUAUUAAUUGUCAUAUAUAUACUUUAGCCAUAUUAGGAAAUUCUGUAAUUUAAUUUAAGGAAAUAAUGAAGCACAUUAAUAAUGUAUUUAUGGUUAGUUUAAUAAAAAACUUAUUAUAUAUUUAGAUGGACCAACAUAUUUUUUCAAGAAUUCUAAGAAUUAUUCUAGUUAUGAUACAUGGCUACAAAAAAAUGUUGUAAUGCUUCUCAAAUAAUAUAUAUAGAGGAUAUGAGAUAUGUGUUGGCCGACACUAAUAAGUUACAAAAUGAAUACGUUAUAUGUGUGUAUUAAUAUAAAUAGUAAAUAUACAAUAAAUGCAUUGGGGUUCCUGAACAGAAUGAUUGUAGAACAGUGAAGGUACAGUAUUGUUGGAAUAAUUAAAUUUUAGAGGACAUGUCGUAUCUUCUUGUUGUCUUAUCUCCAUAUGAUGUGAAGUCUGGCCUCAUAGAUAAUUUACAUAAGUAGACAAAAAAAGAUAAUUUACAUAAUUUCACAUAAGUAGCAUUGGUCGAAUGGAUAAUAUUUGUUGCUAUUAAAACUCUGAAUGGUGACUACGGUUUAAACGGUGCAGGAUAAGCAGUUCCACUGCGGUGCGGUUCUAACAGUUAUAAAAAUAUAUAAAUAUAUAGUAUGUUUAGAGAUUUUUGUUACUGUUAACUGCAAGGCGAGACGCGACGAUGGUCACUAUUCGAAGCCUAAAAUUGACAUGUGACUCUCAACCUUGCCUGUUACAAAUUCAUCCAAGAAAAUCCUGACAAAAAUAUGAACCUAAGAAUUAACACGUUAUUUCAGAAAAAAAAAAAAAAACAAAAACUAAAAAUGAUGUUUUUGGGAUUAUACUGUUUAGUAUACAUUUUAGAGUAUCUUUUACCCAUAUUCGUUUACCAUUAAACUGUUUUUUUUUGUAUUUAUAAUGUAAAUGGUAAGAUGUGAAGUAUUAUCAUGAAACAGUGGUUUGAUUAUAUUGUUUUUCUUUCUUUAGUUAAGCAAAGAUCUUUCAUGUUUUGAUCUUUUACCAUGGUCGGAUCUGGAAUUAAUUUUGAGGAUUAUAAACAUUGCUUAAGAAUUUUAAUAUUUUUUUGUUUUCAUAAUUUAGAGACCUAUUUCGUAGUUUUAUUUAGAGACAUAUAAUUUCUAAAAUGUUUAAGAACCAAAGCUAAUGUUUCAUUAGGUUGUGCUCAGAGUCGGCCAUGUCUCUUAUUGCUUGUGGCCUCCCUAGCGUCACUUGCUAGUUUAUAAGAGCAUGCCCAUUGGAAGUUUUAACUCUAAAUUCACACAAGUUCUAAGAAAAAAAAAAUAAUAUAAUAAACUGUCUUUUGUGAACCUAUAUCCUGCAGUCUCUCCGUAAGAGGCGGUAUCACUACUAUUUCGCAGGUCCUACGACACGUUGCAGCCUACGAUUAAUCCGCUUAUUUUUUGUUUUUUUUUUUUUGAAGUCAAACGAAAAGGAUUAAAAAAAAUCAAUAAAACUAUCUUGAAAAUCGAGUCUCCCAAGUUCACUGAUGGGGAUAGGGAUGCUCUAAUUCAUCCUUUUAUUUAGAUCCAGGACGCUAACUUAUUUGGUUCUCGUUAUUUACCCAACAGGCCAUAUCUCCUCCUCUGGCGUAUAUAGAAUUAACAUAAACAAUUAAUAUGCAGAAUCAGGUGUAAUAAUAAUUUAACUCAAGAAGAUUGGAGCCAGAGGCGGGCCCACUAAGACAAAUAUGGUGUAAAAUAACACCCCUUAAAUAUGAUAAAUUUGAAAAUGCUGAUAGAAACAUUGAAGAUUUUUCAGCAUUUUUGGUUUGAAGUGUACUUUGACCUAGAUUAAAAUGAAUUCUGAGCCCACCACUGAUUGGAGCUAAUGUGAAGUAACAUGCAGUCGUUAAGUGAGAGUUUAGUUUACUUGUGUAAGAAAAUUUACCAUUUCAUAAAGUGACGUGGCAUCCAAAAAAUGAACAAGUAUCUCGAUAAUAAGAAAAAAUUCUAAGGUAUACAAGACAGAACCUCCCAAAGAUUAGGUUAUAUGAAACAGAGAGAUCAAGCUUGGCUCAGUGUUUAGAGUUUUGGUGAACGAGGAUUCUUGUGAGAGACACAACUGUAGUCGUGAAAAACCUUGACACUACAAAAAAAAGGUUGAUGUGCAAGGGAAAAACUUUGCAAGGGAUUUGCUUGGGACAAUGUUCCCUUGCAAAAUGAUUUUAGUCAAUAUUCUCUUCAAAAAUUUUGCAAGGGAUAUAUUUUUCUCGAAAAUACUUAGCGAAUUUGCUAAUUGUUUUUUUUUAACGCUAGAUAAUAAUGUUAUUACAAAUUAUAAAAAAUAUUACAUAUAAUUCUACAGUCGACAUUUCAACCGGUCUUAAGAGAAUUCACGACUGACUGCAUCAUCUGAGCUGCCGUAUGGAAUAUGUGCUUAACGGUACCCCUUACGCCUUGUUGCAGAUCUCUUGAUGUAGAAGCACUAAUGAACCAUUAGUCAAACCACUAGACCAAAAGGGCUUCCGCAUUUUUUCUAGUUGUUUAAUAUACACUUUCACAAUUUCUUAGAAAAUCUAUUGGAUAUGAGCAACGGAUCUGGAUUGUUCCCUCACAAUUUUCUAGCAAAAUUUCUAGGAAUUUACAAGGGAACUUUUUUUUUUAUCAAAUACUGGGAAUAAAUCUACUCCGGAACUAGAAGAAGCGCCUAAAUUACUAAGAACAAAUAGUCAUUCAUUCCCAACAUAUGCAACAACAAUUUUUUUUUUAAAAAAAAAUUACAAUAUUUUGAAUACAUUGUAAACUAAACAUAAACCAAACCAGUAGUAUAAUUAAUCUAAUAAUUUUUAAUUAAUUUAAGAAUUUUAAUUAAACUAAUUAAACCAUGUACUAAAAAAAUCCUAAACAACCCCUAAACUACCAAACCCUAACCUACCAAACUCUAAACAAAACCCUAAACUAACAAACCAUAAAAGAAGCCCUAAUCUACCAAACCCUCAACAAAACAUUAAACUACCAAACCCUAAACGAAGCCCUAAACUACCAAACCAAAUCUACUUACCGUAUACCAAACGCUAAACUACAUUAAAUCAAACCCUAAACUACCAAACACCUAAACACUUGUGGUGGUGGCUUGCCGUGGGCGUUCCUGUGUGGGCUUUCUCCAGCGAGGCGAGGAAAGAUAGCUGGAGAGGAGAUACGACAAGGCUCUGAGUAGGUGAGAGAGUGAGUAGAUCCGAUGAGGCUAUGGCUCAAUGAGAGAGAGUUGAUCCGCAGAGGUUGUGAGAACGAGGAAGAAGAGCACCUUUGGCAAGGAAGAAAGUUGGCUUCGGCGAGGAAGAAUAGUAGAUCCGACGAGAGUGAGAGAAAACAAGAUCAGUUCGGCGUCAGGAAGAGGUCUCCGGGUUUCGUUUAUGGGUUUUUGUAAAUAAUUCGGAAAAUCAAUUCUAGUUUAUUACAAGUUUCAUUGUCUGUUUCGGUUUUGGAACAUGAUUCCCAACACUUAAACUAAUUUCCUGAUAUACUCCAUAUCUAGUUUGUCAAGUUUCUGACACUGGACAAAUUUCCCGAAAUAUUUACCGAAGUACAUUUUGAAACACUAUACUUUCAUAUUAAAUACAUUAUCCAAAACCAAAACCGUAAAGAAAACCCAAACGAAACCCCAAAACAAUUUUUCUUAGGUUAUGUAGAUUCUUGGUCUGGACUGCUGAACCGGCUGGGGUUAGCUGUUGAAGCCGGAUGUUUCAAUCCGGACUCUCUGUUCGGUUAGUGUUUGAAGGUCAAGACAUUGAAGGCCGGUGGUAUUGGGUCUAUUCUGGAUAUGCGCCUCCGACGUUAAUGCUAUUAGUACAAGCACAUCAAACAGAUCCUUUGGUUACUAAUAGUUUGGUCACAUAAUAGAUUUGGAAUAGACUUAGUUUCGUCGUGCAUGUACUUGAAGUCGAAUUUAGGAGGAUUAAGGGAUGAUUCAUCUGAAUCGUGGAGUGAAUUCAUCUAAAUGUAGUUGAAAAUACAAUGAUGGAGAUUAAGUAGACUUGAAUCUAAUUUAGUGAUUCAUAGUGAUACUAGAUAACAUUAUAGUACCUGUAAUAUAAUAUAUGUUGAGGUUAAAGCUUUGUACCAAAAUUAAUGUGAAGUUGAGCAAAAAUAGAAAAAGAAAUAAAACAUUUUUGGAAAUGGCUUAAAGACGUCUUGGAGAUGCUCUCAUGUCAGCGGUUAUUGUUAAUAACCGGAAGAUGCCAAAGAACUAGAGUUUGGAAUCUUGUCGGUUAUUGAUCCGGUUUAUCAUCCCUGCGAUCGAUUUCCAUAAGCUACCUGGUUUUGAUCUCCAUAACUAGUACUAGAGUUUGAAGAUCCCAAACGUGAAGGAAAGAUAUGGAAAAAAAACCAAGAAAUCUUUUUAUGGUUUCUUCUCUUUUAAUGGCGUUUUUAUUUGCUUAUUCUGCAUCUGUACAGCUUAAUGAUUCUGAUUGGUAUUUUUGGUUUCCUCUGUACGCACUAGCUUCUGCAGUUAAUCUGAUCAACUCCAGAAGAAUAUGUAAUAAAUCAAGAAGAAUUAGACAGAUGACGAGAACAGCUCUAAGCUUGGGUUUGUUCUUGUUGGUUAAAGUCAUUACGGAGGAUGUCAUAACAGAGAGAGUUGGAAUCUUUUCUUUGGAUCUCACUCAUCGAGUUGUGAGAGAGAAGAUCGGAAGUGGUUUGGUGAUAGCUUCUAUGGUUCUGCAACUACAAGCUUCUUGUUCAAAACGGAAAGAGAAGUCCGUUGACUUUGGGAUGGCUGCAACUGUAAUCUUUGGUUAUGGACUUCCCUUUUGGUUCUUCACUAUACAGAAUGGAGAAAUCAAGAUUUAACUACUUUUCUUAUUUUGAUUAUGUAUGUUAUAUUAAUUUGCAAUGUCGUUACGACCUAGAACUGGUUGCAAAUCAGAUAAAGCUGUCUAAUAAGAUUCAAUGAGAAAGUAAAAGAUUGAAACAAA